GCACUGCAGGGUGGCUGGAGCACUGUGCAGGGGAGGCUGGAGCACUAUAGGGGAGUCUGGAGCACUGCAGGGAUGCCAGAAGCAUGCAUGGAGGCUGGGGCACUGCAGGGUGGCGGGAGCACUGCAGGGAGGCUGGAGCCCUGUAGGAACGGCACAGACAGACAUCCCCAGCCCCAAACUCUCCGGCGCUGAAGCGUAAACGGUGCCGUAGAGCUCGCUUGUCCCAGGGGUUUUGUCGCAGAAAUUAGGCUUAAGCAUUCAACAUUCAAAACAUCAAGAAAUUAAGGUUUUUCCUCAGUGAUUGAGUUACCGCAGGUGGUGUUUGGGGGCUGUGGGCCGUGGUCAGUGCGAGGGUGCGAGGUGAGGGGCCGCCCGGGGCCUGUCGUGUCGGAGAUGCUCAAGGACCCCCUGGAGCCCGGAUCCAGCCCCCCAUCAGCCUGGUGCUGGGCAUGGCCCCCCGCUCCCAGAGCUGAGGUUGUGGCCGUGCGUGGACACGCGGCGAGGGAGCGGCUGCCUGGGGGAUCGGGGGGCUGUCCCCAGGGGCGAGGGCGAGUGCUCGUGGCGGCCCCUCUCUGGGAGCUCAGGGAGGACUCUGCCAGAGAACAGACCGGGCAGCUGUCUCCUCUCCGCUGGAGAACAUUUCCCGGCACCGGGGCUGCUCCCCCGCACGGAAAGGUCGUCCCGAGACAGACUUCUUAUUUCUGAGAGGCUCUGAAAACAGUGCUCACCACCUCCCACGCAGUGGUGACUCGCGGGGAGACGGACGGAGGGGUCGAGUGGGGGGAGUCGGUGCCGGGUGAAGCUCCGGUCAGUGUCCAGCUGCUCUCACCAGAGACCGUCAGGACGAGCCGGACAUGCGUGCUCAUCUCUCGCCUGCCAGGAUGGCUCGGGGACGUGCCCUCUGGGGCUGAGGGGACAGAGGCUCAGGGACCUCAGCAGUGGCCCCGCUGGAGCUGUUCUAGAAGGUUCUGGUUUCAAACCCUGGCCCUUCUCAUCCAGACCUUGAGCAUGUCCUGCCAAGGCCUGGCACCUCGGCCGCUCCCCCUCGUUGCCUGGGUCUGCGUCUGUGGUCUGCGCCUCGGUGGGGCUCCUCUCCUCGGGCGUCCUCAGGAAGAAAGCUCGGGGCCUGGGGGCCGGAGCUCGGGGGUCUGCCCUGCGGGGCCGGGCUGGCCUCGUGCUCGGGGCAGACGGGCGUCCAGCAUCCACUCACGGGAAACACUGACGUGAGGAGCUGAGCGACCCAGUCACCUUAGGACGGCGAGGGGCUUCAGCCUGGCCCCUUGGCCUGUCCGUGCUGAGCAGGGACGCGGCAUUACUUGACUGCAGUGACCGCGGGACGUGUGCUUCUCCCGAUGCCGGCGUGGUUGGAGCCUCUCUGCCGGCUUGUGCGCUGCAGUUCUUUGCGGUCUGCAGUGGUGGCAGAAUCCUGAAUUUGCAAAGCUCUGCAAACCCAUGCUUUUAUUUUUUUCCCCCGCGUGUGUGUGCGUGCGUGUGUGUGUGUGUAUGUGCGUGUGUGUGUGAGAUUUGCAUUUUGUCAUCUGCCACGAAGCCCAGAAAGGGGUGCCGUGAAAGGGAAGGUGAUUUCUGUUACCAGCGGCGUAUUCAAAGGCGCCCGCCCCGAGCGGUGGCUAUUUUGAGAUCCUGCUAUCAAUGUCGUCUCCUCACACAGCAACUGGUGGCAACUAAAAAUAAUCAGCUCUGCCACCAGCUAGGAACCUGGCCCUGGGCUUCUGGACGAGGUGCCGGGGGAGGGGGGGACGCGGGUCUGGCCCUUCGCGCUCCCCUGCAGCCCCCUCGCCUGCGAGUUUGCUGCCAGGGAAAGCCGUUGCAAAGCCAUUAGCAGGCAGGCAGGACCGCAGUGCAGCACACCUCCGCUGCCCGCGCCCGCGCCCACGUGCCAAUUAGAGCCCCGAUUCCAGGGGUUGUGGCCCAGGUGCCCUGUCAAUCACGCCACUUACUACGGCACGUGCGGUCACGGGAGGCGCCAACGGGAGCGGGGAGAAGCCCCCGGAACUCCAGCUGCGCAGGGAGAGUGUGCUGGACGCGGUUCGCAGCACCAUGGAGCGCAGCCCCCAGCCCUGCCCCUGAGGACUGGUCCCCGCGCAGGGGCGCCCGGCGCGCGGGGACGCGGCUUUCUCGGGAGAGGAUGCGGGCAGCCGCGGCGGGGCUGCAGCCUGAGCCGGAGAGAUGUCGCACUACCAUUUCAUCAAGUGCUGUUGCUUCCAGCUAUGCAGCGUUUUCCGGUCCCACGACAUGGAGAUUGACCAGUGCCUGCUGGAGUCCCUGCCCCUGGGCCAGCGGCAGCGCCUGGUGCGGCGCCUGCGCUGUGAGCAGAUCAAGGCGUACUACGAGCGCGAGCGGGCCCUGCAGAAGCAGGGCGGCGGCCCGGGCCCGCGGAAGCAUGGCAGGCCCCAGAGGGUCCACUUCGCUCCGGCCGACAUGCUCCAGGACGCCAUCGUCCACCACGACGACAAAGAAGUGCUGAGGCUGCUGACGGCGGGGGCCGACCCGCACGGCCUCAACUGCUCCGGGGGCUCCCUGCUGCACCUGUGCGCUCGCCACGACAACGCCUUCAUCACCGAGAUCCUCAUCGACAGGGGGCUCGAUGUCAACCACCAGGACGAAGACUUGUGGACCCCGAUGCACAUCGCCUGCGCCCGGGACAACCCCGAUGUCGUGCUGCUGCUGAUCUUGGCGGGGGCCGACGUCCUUCUCCAGGACGCCAGCGGGAACGUCCCCCUGGACUACGCUGUGGAGGGCACCGAGUCGAGCGCCAUCCUGCUGGCUUACCUGCAUGAGAACGGGAUGGAUCUGGCGUCUGUGCACCAGGUGAAGCGUGAGAGAUCCAUGAGGAUGUUAACGGACGUCACACACCUCCUGUCCGGUGGCGGGAAUGUGAGUGAGAAAAACGAAGACGGAGUCACACUGUUACACAUGGCAUGUGCAGGGGGCCACAAGGAGGUGGUGAUUCUGCUCCUGGACCAUGGCGUGGACCCCAAUGUGGCGGAUAAUCAGUACUGGACACCUCUCCACUUGGCAGCAAAAUAUGGCCAGACACACCUGGUGAAGCUCCUCCUGAUGCACCAGGCCGACCCGACCCUCCUGAACGGCAGCUCGGAGAAGGCCUCAGAUGUUGCCGCGUCGGAGUUUAUUGAGGAGCUGCUGCUGAAGGCCGAGGCGGCGUGGGGAGAGAGGGCGGGGGAGCCCCCGCCGGCCUCUGCCCUGGCCCAGGAGGACACUUACGAGGAGAUCAUCCCCCCGCACGCAGUGCUGGCCAGCAAGCUGAGCCCCCUGGUGCUGCCCAUGGCCAAGCAGGACAGUCUGCUGGAGAAAGGCGUGAUGUUCAAAGAUGCAACGAAGGGUGUCUGCAGCCGGCCGGCCCAUGGCAGUGCUCCCGACAUCACCACGGCGACGGUCCCCAGCACACCUGAGCAGGCCAGGCUGGUGCCCCCCGCGCCCAACGACGACCUGGCCACGCUCAGCGAGCUGACGGACGCCAGCCUGCUCUACGAGAUCCAGAAGCGCUUCGGGAACGACCAGAUCUACACUUUUAUUGGGGAUAUCCUCUUGCUCGUUAAUCCAUUCAAGGACCUUCAGAUUUAUUCUGCUGUGGCCUCCCAGCUGUACAGAGGCGACGCGGGGAGGGUCUGCUCCGCGCUGCCCCCCCACAUCUUCGCGUGUGCCGAGAGGGCCUUCCGGCAGCUGUUCCAGGAGCGCAGGGCCCAGUGCUUCCUGCUCAGUGGAGAGCGCGGCUCGGGCAAGUCGGAGGCAUGUGGCCACCUGCUGCGGCAGCUGACCAGCAGGGCGGGGCCCAGCGCCUGGGACAGCCGGCUCACACACACCCCCAGGGCCGGCGGCUCUGAGCCCAGGCCCGUGAGGGGCGGCGGCACCACUCCCGGCGCCUGGGUGGGAGCUGACGGCUCCGUGGAGGGGCCCAGGCUGGCGUCCCGCGCCCCCGGCUCCCUGCUGGCCGGGCUGGACGAGGAGCCUCCACCCAGCCCCGGGGUCACCGCAAGUGCGCAGACGUGGGACAUCGGCGUCCUGGACAUCUUCGGGUUCGAGGAGCUGCACAGGAAUGAGUUUGAGCAGCUCUGUGUGAACGUGACCAAUGAGAGGCUGCACCAGUACACCCGGGAGGUGCUGUUCCUGCAGGAGCAGGCCGACUGCGCGCAGGAGGGGGUCGCCAUGGAAACGGCCUACUCGCCUGGAGACCAGGCCGGAGUGCUGGAUUUCUUCUUCCAGACGCCGUCUGGAUUCUUCUCUGUGCUGGAUGAGGAGAGUCAGAGGCUGUGGUCGGGGGAGGCCAGCCUCGCCCGGAGGCUGCAGGGCCCGCUGGGCGCGGCCAGCCCCGACGCCGUGCUCGCCUCCUCGCUGCAGGAUGGGAACGGGAACCCCGCGGCCCGCGAGCCGGGCGGGGCCUUCACGGUGCUGCACUACGCGGGCAGGGUAACCUACGAAGUCACGGGCGCCAUCGAAAGGAACAGAGAGUCCCUGGCCCAGAGCCUUCUGUCUGUGAUGAAAACCAGCGAGAACGUCAUCAUCAGCCACCUGUUCCAGUCGAAACUGUCGCCCACGGGGUCCCUCGUGUCCUGCCCACCGGCCCCUGCCCUCCGGGGACAGCAGGCCCUGCUGCUCAGUAGGACGGCGACCGCUGCGGCCGCGGGGGAGAGCAGGAGCUACCUGGAGCUGGGCAAGUUACUGAAGAAGAAGGGAGCGAGCGCCUUCCUCCAGCGCCUGGAGCGGACGGGACCCGCCACGGUCGCGUCCCAGCUCCGGAAAUCCCUGGCGGACAUUCUCGGGAAGCUCGUGACAUGCACCCCGCACUUCGUCCACUGCAUCAAGCCCAACAGCGCCCAGCGGCCCGACGCCUUUGAUAGCUGCUCUGUGUCCGCUCAGCUGCGCUACAUCGGGGUCCUGGAGAUGGUGAGGCUCAGCCGGUACGGGUACCCCGUGCGCCUGCCCUUCUCGAGCUUCCUGGAGAGGUACCAGCCCCUGGCCGCCGCCUUCCUGGGAGACCGGCCGCCACCCGCCUCCGCGCCCCGGGACUCCUGCGGGCACCUGCUGCAGCUCUGCGGGCUGCACGGCUGGCAGGUGGGCGCCCGGAAGGUGUUCCUGCGGCACUGGCACGCAGAGCAGCUCAGCGCCCUGAGCCUGCAGCUGCAGAGGAAGGCCGUCACCUGCCAGAGAGUGAUCAGAGGCUUCCUGGCCCGCCGCCGCCUGCUGCGCAGACGGAGCAGCGGGCACCAGGAGGCGGCGUCCGUCCACAGCUUCCUGCAGGCCACGGAGGCCCUGGGGCUGAGGACCUACGAGGCGCUGGUCCUCCAGAACGCGUCCGACGUCGCCCGCGAGGAGCACCGGCUCAGGAGCACCGCUGAGAAGCCCGAGGAGGGAGGCGGGCGCACUGAGGACAAGGGCGCGCCCAGAGCCCUGGUCGCCGUGGACAGCCUGCUGCAGGCCCUGGCCGCCCCGGCCUGCCGCGCCCCCUCUCUGCACUCCGUGCUCAGCCUGGACGACAGCGCCGGCCUCCCGUCGCCCCGCAGGCAGCCCCCGCCCAAGCCCAAGCGGGACCCCAGCACGAGGCUGAGCGCCUCCUACGAGGCCGUAAGCGCCUGCCUCUGGGCCGCCCGGGAGUCGGCCCAGGAAGCCCUCGCCCGCCCGCGGCCGCACAGUGACGACUACAGCGCCAUGAAGAAGACGCCGCCCCGCAAGCCGGCGCGCAGCCCCCACACCAAGCUCAGCAGCUCCUCCGAGGAGGUCUCGGGCCCCCGGGUGGCCCGGCCCCGCGGCGGCGUGCCGCCCGGCCCUCACACGCCCCCUGCCCUCGAGGACGCGGAGCCCGUGUACAUCGAGAUGGCGGGGCGAGCGGGCAGCCCCGAGCCGCCCGACGGGGAGGCCGUGUACGAGGAGAUGAAGUUCCCCGCGGCCCCCGCGUCGCCCCCGGGGGAGGCGUGGGACAUCCCCCCGCCCUUCCCCAACCUGCUCCCGCACCGGCCGCCCCUGCUGGUGUUCCCGCCCUCGCCCGCCACCUGCUCGCCCGCCUCCGACGAGUCCCCGCUCACACCCCUGGACGUGAAGAAGCUGCCGGUGCUGGAGCCCAAGUACCCCGUGUCGCCCGAGGGCUCCAGCCCGCUCUCCCCACAGUGCUCCAAGCAUCACCGGGUGGACAGCGACCGGCCCAUGUCCCCCGGCCUCCUGGUUCCUGGCGGGGCACCCCCUGCGUCCCCCCCGCCCACACCCCUGCCUGCCCCCGCGGCCACCCUGCCGCCCGCCACACCCUGGCCGCCCGCGCACCUGGCCUUCGUGCCCGACGCCCCGGCUGGCCCCGAGCAGCCCAAGGCGCCCCCCAGGCCCUGCGGCUCCUUCCCCAGGCCCCCGCCCUCCCCUGGGAAGGCCGCCCGCAGGGCCAACUCCAACUGCCCCUCCCCGGGGCCCUGCAGCCCCCUGGACGAGCUCGCCAGCCUCUUCAGCUCGGGGAGGAGCGUCCUUCGGAGGUCAGCCGCCGGGCGGAGGAUCCGGGAGCCCGCGGGCUUUGAGACGAACUUGAACCUGAGCAGCGGAGGUGACUCUGGCGCGCCCGAGCUGGGCCCGGAGACCCGGGACAGGAACGCCAACAACCGCGGCCUGGCCCUGUCCAACGCGCUGCCCGAGACCUUCGCCGCCGAGAACGGCAACUCCGUGGCCAACGGCUCCCUGGAGGAGGACAGGCUCUGCAGGCUGUCAACGGGCAGCCCAGCCAUGACCUCGUUCCAGAGGCACCGAGAGAGUCCCACGGCUCAGGUCAUCCAGCAGCUGCGGCUGUCGGAGGACGAGAGCCUGGCCCUGCGGGAGCUGCUGGCCUGGCGGCGGGAGCUGUGUGAGCCGCGGACGCCCCCCCCGCCGCCCUGCAGGAAGCCCACGGCCCUGAGCAAGCCCGGGGGGGCCGCCUGCAGCCGCCUGCCCGCGGACUUCUGGAACUCGAGCAGCUGAGCCCCGCACAGGUGUCCAGCUGGGCCCAUGGACACGCCGUGGCCUCCCCCUGCCGGUGCUCCUGGCCCACCACGACAAAGCACAGGACAAGACUCCCUGUGUGUGUGUGUGUGUGUGUGUGUGUGUGCCCGUGUGUGUGUGUGAUACAACCACGCAACGGAAGAGAACCCCAGUGUGUGUGUGUGUGCGUGUGUGUGCCACAAAGCACAGGACCAGCCGUAAGACGUACUCCCGGUGUGUGUACACGGCAGAUGUGGAGCCCAGAACUCCCGUGUCUGCGUAGUGUGCUCCCCAGGUGCUCCUUCCGUGCCCGAUGCAGGGGGGACGUCCCCCAGCUCCCCAGGCUUCAUGUCUCUGCAGCGAGCCCCCCGGGCUGCGAGGGGAAGGCAGGAGGGGCCGGGCGUGGUGGGGAGCAGAGCCCCCGCAUGCCCACCGGCCCUCUCCGUCCUUCCUGCCUCCGGCACUGGUGCUGUCCCGUCCCCCCGGGUUCUAACCCACCGUCCGCCCAGCCGGGCUUCCCGGCACCCCCCGACUCCACCUCGACUCCGAUGCGCACGUGGGGCCCCGCGUGCCCGGGCUCACCCUGGCCGGUGCUCGGCGGGGAGCGUCUGGGCUCCGGAGCGUGGACGGACGUGCUCUGCCCUCCCGGAGCCCGGGGGCUCCCCCAGCUGUGCCCCCCCGGCCCCGCCCGCCACCUCCCAGGCUGCCCGGCCCCGCGCCCCCGCCCCGCUGCCCCGCUGCCUGGCUUCUAGUGUUCGUCUGCUGGCUGCUCCCGAGCUCCGAGCGCACGUCAGUGCCCGGUGGCGCCCUCGGACCCGCCUCCCGUGGCCUCCGCAACGUGAAUGUGCCAAUAAAGGCUCCAGCUCUGCCCUGCGGCCCCCUGCUGCUCU